UGCGAUCCCUCCGCCUCGAGGCGCAGCGACGGCAACGACGCGGCUCCUUCUCGGGAAAUCGCUCUUGUGCCUCCGCCGUCGGGUGGCGCGGAGGGGAACUCCAUUCUCUCUGGCGUCUCUCCGCCUCCUCCCACAGAAUUCCGUCGAAGCCAUCGCGGCGACUGGCGCGGGGCAGAGGAGCGCGUACGCUCAUAGCCUGCGUGGUGUCCCUCCGCCGUCAGCCGUGGACUUUUUUUCGUGUCCUUCCACCGAGCCCGGGCGGUGUCCGGGUGGCUCACCGGGGGCGGCGACGCGUCUGCGGCGCGGCAGCGAGGCUCGGGGGCUAUGAGGUGAGGACGCCCGGGGACCGGAGGCGGCACCCGGCGCUGCGCGAGAACGCAGGACGCGAAGCCCCGAAGCCGGCGGAUGCCUCCCAGACCCCGCGGCUGCGCGCGAGGCGGAGGAGAGAACAUUGAAAUUAUUCUCUAAGCUAUCUGAAGAGAGUGACUAAAUGCUCCUGGGUCAGGCUGUCUGUGGGUAUGAAGUGGUUGGGAGACUCCAAGAACAUGGUGGUGAAUGGCAGGAGAAAUGGAGGCAAGUUGUCUAAUGACCAUCAGCAGAAUCAAUCAAAAUUACAGCACUCGGGCAAGGACACCCUGAAGACUGGCAGAAACGCCGUUGAGAGGCGGUCCAACAGAUGUCAUGGUAACUCAGGAUUUGAAGGGCAGAGUCGCUAUGUGCCGUCCUCUGGAAUGUCCGCCAAGGAGCUCUGUGAGAACGACGACUUAGCAACCAGUUUGGUUCUUGAUCCCUAUUUAGGUUUUCAGACACACAAAAUGAAUACUAGCGCCUUUCCUUCAAGGAGCUCGAGACAUAUUUCAAAAGCUGACAGUUUUUCUCACAACAACCCUGUAAGAUUUCGGCCUAUUAAGGGAAGGCAAGAAGAGCUAAAGGAAGUCAUUGAACGCUUUAAGAAAGAUGAGCACUUAGAGAAAGCCUUCAAAUGUUUGACUUCAGGUGAAUGGGCACGGCAUUAUUUUCUCAACAAAAACAAAAUGCAGGAGAAAUUAUUCAAGGAACAUGUCUUUAUUUACUUGCGGAUGUUUGCGACUGACAGUGGAUUUGAAAUAUUGCCUUGUAAUAGAUAUUCUUCAGAACAAAACGGAGCCAAGAUAGUUGCAACAAAAGAGUGGAAACGAAAUGACAAAAUAGAAUUACUGGUGGGUUGUAUUGCCGAACUUUCAGAAAUUGAGGAGAACAUGCUACUUAGACAUGGAGAAAACGACUUCAGUGUCAUGUAUUCCACAAGGAAAAACUGUGCUCAACUCUGGCUCGGUCCUGCUGCAUUUAUAAAUCAUGAUUGCAGACCUAACUGUAAGUUUGUGUCAACUGGUCGAGAUACAGCAUGUGUGAAGGCUCUGAGAGAUAUUGAACCUGGAGAAGAAAUUUCUUGUUACUAUGGAGAUGGGUUUUUUGGAGAAAAUAAUGAGUUCUGCGAAUGUUACACUUGUGAAAGACGGGGAACUGGUGCUUUUAAAUCCAGAGUAGGACUGCCUGCGCCUGCUCCUGUUAUUAAUAGCAAAUACGGACUCAGAGAAACAGAUAAACGCUUAAAUAGGCUUAAAAAGUUAGGUGACAGCAGCAAAAAUUCAGACAGUCAGUCUGUCAGCUCUAACACUGACGCAGACACCACUCAGGAAAAAGACAAUGCAACUUCUAACCGAAAAUCUUCAGUUGGUGUGAAAAAGAGCAGCAAGAGCAGAGCACUGACCAGGCAGUCCAUGCCAAGAGUCCCAGCUGCUUCCAACUCUACCUCACCUAAGCUAGCGCACAUGAACAAUUCCAGGGUACCAAAGAAACUAAGAAAGCCGGCAAAGCCUUUACUUUCCAAGAUCAAACUGAGGAAUCACUGCAAGCGGCUGGACCAGAAGAGCACAUCACGGAAGCUCGAGAUGGGCAGCUUAGUGCUUAAGGAGCCCAAAGUUGUGCUGUAUAAAAGUUUGCCAAUUAAGAAAGAGAAGGAGCUGGAGGGGCCAGUCCCUGCUGCAGUGGGGGGCGGGUGCUUGACCAGACAUGCUGCCAGAGAACACAGGCAGAACCCUGGGAGAGGUGCUCACUCGCAGGGCGACAGCCUGCCCUGCACCUACACAACCCGGCGCUCCUUGAGGACAAGGACAGGUCUGAAGGAGACCACUGACAUCAAGCUUGAACCAAGUCCCUUGGAUGGCUAUAAAAAUGGCAUUCUGGAACCUUGCCCGGACAGUGGCCAGCAGCUGACCCCAGAGGUGCUGGAAGAACUGGCUCCUGAGAGGGAGGAAGCUUCCCAGGAGUGUCCCAAGAGUGACCCGUGCUCGUCAAGAAAGAAAUUUCGACAAGGGAAACCCAUGAAACACUUAGCAAAGGCAGAGGACUGCAGUCUGGAGCAUGGCUUCCCUGGGGAAGAUGGGCUGCCAGAUUUGCCAGGGCCCCAUCCUGACCAGGGUGAGCCCAGUGGCACAGUUGGGGUGCCUGUGAGCUACCCAGACUCUGCUCCCUCCCCUGUAGGCUGUUCCAUUGUCGCACCCGACAGCUUCACAACAAAAGACAGCUUCAGAACUGCACAAAGUAAAAAGAAGCGGCGGCGGGUCACCAGGUACGAUGCACAGCUGAUCCUGGAGAACAGCUCUGGGAUCCCCAAGCUGACGCUUCGCAGACGGCAUGACAGCAACAGCAAGACAAACGACCAUGAGAGUGACGGUGUGAACUCCUCGAAGAUCAGCAUCAAGCUCAGCAAAGACCAUGAGAGUGACAGCAACCUCUAUGUCGCAAAGCUCAGUAACGGGGUUAGCUCGGGGCCAGGUGGCAGCUCUACCAAGCUCAAGAUCCAGCUCAAGCGGGACGAGGAGAGCAGGGGGCCAUAUGCAGAGGGGCUUCACGAGAAUGGAGUGUGCUGCAGCGACCCCCUCUCCCUGCUGGAGUCCCAGAUGGAGGUGGACGACUACAGUCAGUACGAGGAGGACAGCACAGAUGACUCCUCGUCUUCUGAGGGGGAAGAGGAAGAGGAGGACUGCGAGGACGACUUCGAUGAUGACUUCAUCCCUCUUCCUCCCGCGAAGCGGCUGAGGCUAAUUGUCGGCAAAGACUCCAUAGAUAUCGACAUUUCUUCAAGAAGAAGAGAAGAUCAGUCUCUAAGGCUGAACGCAUGAGCUCUCCCUCUUCAGGUGUCCUGGGGGACUAGAAAAUAAAAAUCCCAGCCACAGCUUCAGUGCAGCACUUCUGUGGUCUCACCUGUAGGCAUAAUACUGUAGAAAAUGUACAGCAUCCCGACUCUUAAGUCUGAUUUGUGCAGAUUUUUAUCGUACUUUUUAAAUAGCCUUCUUAUGUGCAAUUCCGAGUUAGAGGGAAAGCCCUGUUGUAAGAUAGAGGAGGCUCCAGCAAGCUGUCCAGGGACAGCAGCUCUCCACACAGGACCAUCAGACACUAAUGUGGUUACACCAUGUUGUCACCUGUGAGAGCAAAUGCCAGCCUCUUCCAUAGAGGACUAAGCUGUAGUUAGGGCGGAGCGGAGCAGCCUCGUGGGCAGGGUUUCCAGCAUCCGCUCAUAUCACCAGCAACGACCUCUGGCUUUUGAUUUAUUUGCUAGAUAAUUUCCCCCUUGGAGUUGUGUCGGUUUCACACUGGUCACCAACCCAGGUGUCCUGUCCGUGGCCUUCAUUAUUGUAGAGACCAUUGGCUGGAAGUCGGAUUGAUUUCUUUGAAGAAAAAAAAUUAACUUAAAAUGCAGUCUUCUGCGUGACAGCUCAUUGCAGUACAUUAUAUGUACGGGGCUGGUGGUGUGCAGGAUGUUUUCAGAGCAGUUUAUUUAUUGCUUGUCAUGUAAAUUAAAGACCGUGUAUUUAACACUUUCCAAUCCUUUUAGAUAAAAUUGUUCUUUGCAAGAAUGAUUGGUGCUUAUUUUUUCAAACUUUUGCUGUGAACAGCGUGGCAACAGCAAGCAGCGUUUGUCUGAUGGACUCCAGCUAUCUUAAUUUGGGUCUUCAAGUUUCUGUUGCACUUGUAAAAUGCUACAAGGAAUAUUAAAGAAAUCUAUUCACUUUAACUUAUGAUAGUUUAUGAAAUAAAAACAUGAGUCACAGCUUUUGUUCUGUGGUAACCUAUACAAACAUUUGUCUUUGGGAUUCAAUGUAAAGAGCUGAAAACAAUGUAUAUGUUGUAAAUAUUUGUGUGUUGUGAGAAAUUUUUGUCAUAAGAAAUUAAAAGAACUUACCAGGAAGGUUUUUAAGUUUAGAAAUAUUCAUGCCAAUAAAAUAGGAAAUUAUAAAUAUAUAGUGGUAAGCACUGCAUCAGUGGACGUUCUUGGCUUAUGUUAGUUUAUUAUGAAAAUAUCAGAUUUUUUUUGAUUAUAUUAUCAGUCAGACAAAAAGAGGAGUCAGAUUUAAUUUGUUUUUGAAGCACUUUGAGAAGAGAAAUUAAUUUUAAGUAACUUAAUGAGCAAUUUUUGAUUACUGCUUUAUGUUCAAUACCAGGCUUGUUUGUUUCUCUGGAUUACUUUACAAAUCAAAGAAUUUGAGACUCUCAGUUUGUAGCAGGUGUUUGACACCAGUGGGUCUCUUUAUUUCCUGGGAAAUGUGUCCUUUCAGAUACACAGUGUUCCCAAACGACACAAGCCUGUCAGAGGGGACCUGCAGGGAGGGAAAGGUCCAACAGUGUCUCAGUGCUCCACAUUGCUGAUGACACCUACUAGUGUUUAGCUUGGGGCCACUUGGAUCCUUAAGACUGUUGCCAGUAGGUUCCAGUUAGACGACAGUGAGAUUCCUGAGUGUUUCUAGGAUUCCAAUGUCUUUGCUUCUGUGCACGGUAGAACCCCUGCAGUGGUCCUGUGCAGUCUCGUCCUUGUUACCAUGCAGCCUGACCUUCGAGUGUCUCUCUCAUUUGGAAGCAGGAGGGAGACUGCGUGCCUGUACACACAACCUUUUGCUAGCCACGAAGUAGGGCAGCCCUGUGUUUCCAGACCUCCUGGCCCAAGGCACCCAGAGCACCUUCUAUGGUGCUCCCAGCCCUCAUGGAGCCCCUAUGCAUAAGUGUGAGCCCCAUGCCACCUCCAGGAAGCUGAAGGUGGGCUCAGGAGCCUGCACAGGGUAGCAGGUCACCUCGUUGCCAUGUUCACUGGGGCUGUUUGGAGAGGCUCAGAGACUAAAUCCUCCCAUUUCUUCAAAAUCCAACAAUAGCCAUUUCAGGAAUUUCAAUCUUAAGGAAAAAAGUAACAAAAUAACACAUUUCCCAUUUCUCCAUUUUUAAGCUUAAUUUUAGUAACUUAUUUAUGAUGUUUAUUUUAGUUUUGUUGUGGCCUCGUCUUUGGAGGCCGACCUUCCCAUGGGUCUAAGAGCAGUGACAUCGUGAGGAGUUGCUGCCUCUCAGGAGUCGUAUGCACAAGCAUUCAGCAGCGCUGCUGAUGCCUUCUAGGGAACCUUAUUUCCGUUUCUCAAGGCAGGGGCCUCGGACUGUUCUCGAUCUGCUGUAGAACUUCACUGUGGGGGUGCCAGAACCCACAUUCUUGACCAGUCUGGAAGAGGUUACACUCAAUAAAACUCUCAGCUUGAGCUUAUGCAAUGAUUGGUAAAGUUUUUGGCAAUUGUAAGAAUUAGGAAAUGAUCCUAGAAAUAUAUGUAAAGUAUUCAAUUUUCAAUCAUUUUUCAAAUUACUGUUUUAAAUUGUUUUGCUGAGUUGUAAUACUUUUGAGAUACAAUGUAUUCCUUGUACUGAAAGAAUGAAAAAGGACUUUUUCAGCAUUUGAGGUAAGUUCUUUAACGUUUCAUUAAAAACAUUUUUUACAAAUAUUUUGUACAUGCACUUGCAGUAUUGAGGUUAAUCAUUUUAAUAAAUUCGGAAAUUAAAAUGA